AUGGAAAGGACUUACGUCCUGCCGGGCGAUAGUAUUGACCCCACAUUGAUACCCUCUCACCCCACGCGUCCUCUCAAACUCGGCCUCGGCCUCAAACACAUCCCCCCAAGUGACAUAAUCCCAACCAUCGCAGGAGAACUGGUUACAGACCGAAGGAAGAACUCAAUGCACAUUGAGUACAACGGUGGACGAUAUGUUCCCAUCAUCGGAGAUCUCGUAAUUGGCACCGUCCAGAAGACGGCAGCUGAUUACUACUACGUCGGUCUCUCUGAUUACACGUCAAAUGCCAUUCUACCCCAACUGGCAUUCGAGGGUGCCAGCAAGAAGACGCGGCCGAACCUCGCAGCCGGAGCUCUGGUCUACGCCCGUGUUUCCCUGGCAAACCGACACAUGGACCCGGAGCUAGAAUGUGUCUCUACCGCAACGGGAAAAGCCGAUGGAUUGGGCCCCCUAGUUGGCGGCAUGAUCUACACCAUCUCUCUGGGCAUGGCCAGACGACUGCGGAUGGCCAAGUUGGUGGAAAAAGGGAAGGUGGCUGUCAUUGAGGACCUCAGCUCGGCUGGUCUUGCGUUUGAGAUGGCCGUAGGGUGCAAUGGGAAGUUGUGGGUUAACAGCGAGAACAUAAAGACGAUUCUAGCGGUUGGACGGGCGGUUAAGGAGACGGAUGAGAAGAAUCUGGGGGUGGAGGCGCAGAGGAAGUUGGCGCGGAAGUUGAUUAAGGAGAUGGCUUGA